CAAAUGUCAGUCAUAAGUCGUCAGUUCUUUUCGGAAAUCUAAAUUAUAAACACGUUUUGUUAUAAUAUUUUGUAGAUAAAAUUAGUUUCACACAAAAUUCAAAUGCGAUGUCCGAAAUUGAAUAAUGAUAUUAACUGUCACUUCGAGAUGUGUGCGUUGGAUAAGGAAUAGGUUUCUUCGAAAUUAAACAAGAAAUAAUCUGCAUUGUAAUUGAGUUUUACAAGCCAUUGUAUUUUCAGUUAGAAUCGAAAACAAGUCAUGGAUAUACAGAACGUAGAAACUGUUAUUGAGGAAUCGAAACAGGUCCUCGAGGAAUGCUUUAAUUUGUUCCAAUUAGACGAGGUAUUUUUGUGCUUCAAUGGUGGCAAGGACUGUACUGUGUUGUUGGAUCUCACAAUUAGUGUACUCAAAACUAAAUUUAAAACAAAUGACGUAGCUAAAGACUUAAAGGUUGUGUACAUACAGACUAAAGGGCCGUUUAUAGAAAUAGAAGAAUUCGUUAAGGAAAUAGAAUUAUACUAUGGAAUCGAAAUCGUAGUGAUGGGAGGGGAACUUGAGACGACUUUACAAAGAAUAUUGGAAAGUGAUAAACGUAUUAGAGCCGGUUUAAUGGGAACAAGAAGAACCGACCCGCAUAGUGAAAAAUUGGUUUUUAUGCAGAAAACAGAUCCAAAUUGGCCUCAAAUGAUGCGAGUAUCCCCGCUGCUUAACUGGAAUUAUCAUCAAAUAUGGAACUACAUAUUGCAAAGAAAAGUGCCUUAUUGUAAACUAUAUGAUAGAGGGUACACAUCCAUAGGCAGUAUUUACAAUACAUUACCAAACAAAUCAUUAGCUUUUACUGAUGAUGGAAGGACAAUGUAUCAUCCAGCGUGGAUGUUGGCUGAUGCAGGGCUGGAGAGGGCUGGAAGGGGUCCCACUAAUGGACACAUUAACAACACAGAAAAUCAAAUAGAUCAUUUAUAAAUGGCUAGGCAUUAAAAUUAUCUAAAGGUUGUAGGUCAUGUUCCACUGGUCGUUUGAUUAGAAUUCUGAUUGAUGUGUACUUUGUUGCUACUGCUUCAAAUUAGGUUGUUUGUACUUAAUAUUAUAACUAAAUAAACAGCUUCUAUAUUUAUAUCACAAUUCUAUCACUCUGUUUCUGAUAGCCCAUGCACUAUUUGUAUUGGCACCAUUUAUAAUUUUAAUUAGAUAAUUGUAUUUAUAUCAUCUUAAAAUUUUUUUUUACUCCAAAUGUUAAUCAGACAUCUAUUUCCGAUUUAUUAAUGGUUUUAGGCGCACCGUUGUACUGGUGACUUAUUUACUUACAUGGAACACUUAAAAAAUACAGGGAAACUAACUGAAAUAUAAAUAUAUAUAUGUAUGUAUAUGUGUAUGUAUGUAUAUAUAUUAUAACACUUUGUUAGUAUUUGUUUGUUGACAAAAAAAUUGACAUAUUUUAGUAUUGUAUAACAUUUGAACAAUUAAAUAUAAAUGUACCCCAUUUUCAAUAUUAUCACCAGCAUUUUUUUUUUAUUAUUAAACAUCUGACAAUCAAAUAAUAAAGUGUAUAUAUUUUU